UGGGGUGGAGGAGGCGGCGGCUCAGCUCGUCCCCUGCGGCCAACUUAUUUGGUGUCUUAUAUUGAUUAAUUCAUAAGGAUUGAAACAGUCAUUCGUGGCAUUAAAUCAGCUUGCGUUCUGUUUUCAUGUAAUUUAGAGACAAUCUUGUGUGUCUAUGUCUAUCCAGACAACUUGUCUGUGAUUUUCCUUUACAUAUAUUUGUUUGGGUCACCUGCUUCAGGUGUUGAGGGAAAGCUGGCUUUGUACGAUGACUUUCUAGGAUUCCUUUUCUGUGUAUUCUAUUCAGUACUAUCCUAGUGGUGUUACUGUAUGGUUGUUCUAAGGAAAAGCAGGAUUGUGUGUUGAAUCUGUCCCGUCCCAGACACUGUUAGAGAAACUCAUCUGACUUUUGUCUCACCAUUGCCUAAUGCCUUUUCUAGAAUUAUAACUCAGAAGGUUGAAUUGUUCAUUUGUUUUUAGAUGCUUGUCCUUUUCUUCUUCAAUUCUAUUUUCUUUGCAUGUGACCAUCCACAAUAUUCCAUAAGGCAACUCUGCAGUAUCCUCUUUCCAACUCCAGUUCUGUUACUUGGGGAUUCAUUCUUUUGGUGUAGAUUAGGUGAAAAAUGCUUCAUCCAUACUUUUGACAAUUCCCAGAAACAGGUCCAUUGCCUUGAUUUGUUGUCUUGUCAUCUUGUCACAAUUCGACACAGCCAUUCUUGUAUCUUGUUAUAUACUAGUUCAGAUUGACUGGUUUUUAUACUUCCAAGCCCUCAGAAACAUAAUUGUGUGCAAAUGCCUUUUACAUCCAGAACCUCUUGCUGACAAAACUUCUCAGUGUAUCUUUGUCUCCCCACUUGUGUGUCAUGUUAUUCAUGCGCUGAGAAUCACCUCACACAUUGAGAGAGUAUCCUCAUUACUCCGUGAAUUCUGUCUCACUGCUCAUUGAUUUAAGUCUCCACAAUAGCUUAGCAGAUACGAGCACUUGGUGCUCUUUCAAUUUCCAGGUUCAGUUCCAUGUACAGUCAUGGUGACUUAACUCAGGUUCCAGUGGUUCUAUUGCUUCCUUGUGGCCCCAGCAGGCAUUUCAUGCAUAAGGUGCACAGACCUAGCUGAAGGGAAAUACCCAUACGAAUGAAAUUAAAAGGCAUAAAUCUUUGUUUUACUUUCUUUUUAUUAAUUCUACACAUUCUACAUCAUUUAUUUGAUGCUACCCAUUUAUUCAUCCAUUCCCAUCCACCAUCCGCCCUCCUCCACCAAGGUCUCAGGCGUUGAUGGGCGGGAGGUGUGGAUGAGGGCAUCCCUGCUACACAUGCUACCACCAUAUGUCUCACUGAUAAUGGGGACAGUUGUCUUUUGCCUAUAACAUUGGUGCUGAGUCUCCAUCACCACCAACCACCAGGCAGCUAUACUGUGCUGCCUCCAGAAGAGACAAAGUCUGUUUUCUGUGUGCUGCAGCUGGUCAGUAGGGAAGGUCAGCUCUUGUCUGGUGGAGAUUGUAAGGGAGGAGGACUAAGGGGGUCACCUCUUACCCGCCCGCACUGUCACUUGACAGAUGAGUGUGGGAACAGUUCACUCACAUUCCAACUACAUGCCUGGCUCUCCCACAUCUGAAAUGACAGUGAUAGCUCUGUUUCACUGCCCUGGAGCGGUACAGGGCCCUCAGUCCCAAGAUUACAGCUGUUGGGGGGUCAUGGGCAGAUCUCCUGCUCUUAGAACACAGGACAUCUUUCCCACUAUACCUAAUCUAGGAAUAAUAAACCAGUGCUGCAGAGGCAGCUCAGCAGUUUAGAGAACUUACCGAUCUGGCAGUUUCCACUCAGUUCCAUGUAGACGCAUGGUGACUUAACUUAGGUUCCACCCAUGUCUGUUGUCCUCUAAUGGUGCUGCAGGCACUGCAUGCACAAGGUGCACAGACUACCUAUAGGCAAACAUCCAUGCACAUGCAAUGAAUAUACAUGCAUCUUUGGAGAAACAGGAAAUGAUGUAGAGGUCUUACAUAAGGAUUCAGGAUGACAGCAUCGGAAAGAACAUGAAGGUGUCACUGCUACUGUGACAGUAAGUGUGGAGCCUGGAUAUGUGAUUUGAAAUGGCCAAACUGAAGAAAUUAGUGUCAAGUCAGUGGUAGGUAUUGGUUUUUUAUGGUUUUGGGAAUAUCAUUGAUGUACAUGCCUUGUGUUUGAUCAAUUUCACUUCCUAUCCCCCAGUUCUAAUCACUGUUGUAAUGCUUUUUCCCAUCUGCAUACUCACAUUUUUUUUUUUAAAUGUCCUGAGUCUAUGACAGCCUAGCUAUAUGUGCAUAGGCUACAUCUUUCAAGAAUACUGACUCUACCUCUUCCAAGGCCAAGACUUGCCUGCAGUAUGUCAGGUAGUGGUGUGAUGAUCCAUUUUACCCCUCUGGGCAUUAAGCUUGGUUAAUCUUGUGCAGGAUUUCUGCAUGCAGGUACAGCUUCUGUGGAGACAGUCAUGCAGUGAUACUCAAGUGAUAGAUAUGUAGACCCGCUCAGCUGUGCCUGUGCUGCAAUUUCAUCAGAACCCUGAAUACCUUGCAACCAUGAACACACAGUUCAUAUCACAGCAGCAGCAGUCCAUGGGGCAGCCUUAGGAAGACACCAUUCAUCUCGGCAGUUGUAGCAGGCAAAGCAGACAUUGCAGCAACCCUUGAGAUUCCCAGGUCAGCGGAGCCAUAGUGCUGGGAACAGUCAGGAACAGGACCAAUGGUGUUAUCCGUUCUCUACUGUAGCUCAUCAGAGCAUGAAGUCUGAUAUCUGAUAUGGAUUUCUUAAUUCUUUUGGAAAAUCUUAGAUCAGGUGAACUCACCCUGAUAUUUUCUUUUUAAAUUUAAUUUAGAAACAAUCUUAUUUUAAGUAUCAUCCCCGCUCCCUGUUUCUCCCAUUCUCCCAUGCCCAACACAGACAACAUCAUUCCACUCCCCCAUCCACUCCCCAUCAUCCUGAUUUUUUCCAUUCAUGUUAUGAUUGUCAGGACAUUGACAGAAGCAUGAUCUGCUAGAGGAUUUACAUUACAUGUCAUUGUCUACAAGCAUGGUCCUCUUUCUUUUGUGGAAAUUCCACAGCUCCUGGAAUUUAAAUUUAUCCAUUUUUUCCAACUCUCCUGUUUUGCCAUUGGCAUAAUAAAGAGUGGCUUUUCACAGUGACAUCCAGGCAUUGCCUGAGAUAUUUUUAUAUAUUAGUCAUAUAAGGUACCACUGCACAUUUUUACUGAAUCAGGAAGUAUGUUUUUGCAAGUUUAAAGGCUGUGAUUCUAAACAAUAACAUUUAGUAAGAAAAAGUUUGUUUUCCAUCUGAGAGUUAUCAUAAAAUCUCUUGAAGUUUGUCUUAGGUCAUCUCUUUCCACUGGUAUUUUCAUAUCAUGGGGCUUAUUCAUGAUUGGUUUUCCAGUAGUUUUGUGGAUAAGAUUAGAGAUAGUAAUUUUAUUGUUUCUAGUUAGAAAUGGUAGUUUGCUGGUUUUGUGUGAUGAAAAUAAUCCUGUUCUUCCAAGCUCUCCUACUCAUCUAUUCAUUUUGUUAAAUGCCUUAUUUCCUGGGUUGCCAUUGCAACCAAUCUUUGUAAACUUUGCCUGUAAUUAUGAUUUGCAGUGCAGCUUGAGUGGAUGACUUCUGUCAUUUUCUAGCCUUCUACAUAUGCCCUUCUCCAUGAAUUUUAAGAGCCCAUGUUUCUGGGUACAAUGAUAAGGUUCAUAGUCAUUUUCUUUCACCACUCUAAAUGUAUCCUUCCAUGUUCUCCUGUUGGUAGAAAUGUUCACAAGAUUUCAGGUACCAUUUUGGCUUUGGCGGGUCUUUUUGUGUUAAGUGGCAUUAACCAUAACAGAGUUUUGUUACUUUCAGACAACUAGAUGUAAAGUUUCAACAAGAAUCCCAGUAUUUUUUCUGAGAAACAUCAGAGAAGAAAAAUAAGAACAAUGAAUGCUUGUGCAGUAAAUGCUUCCCAGGGUCUGUUAUCAUUUAGGGAUGUGUCUGUGGACCUCUCCCAGGAGGAAUGGGAAUGUCUAGACUGUGCUCAGAGGGCUUUGUACAUGGAUGUGAUGUUAGAGAAUUACAGCAAUCUACUUUUUGUGGAGAACCAUCGCAUAUGUGAUAAAUGUGAGAAGCUCUUGCAUCCAGGAACAAAGCAUUUUAUCCAUGACCAUGAAUAUGUCCAAGAGAAGACUUGUAAAUGUGAUGAGCUUGGCAAAGUGAUUCAUAAAUCCUGCCAAUGUACACCUUAUGACACAAAUGAUACUACAAAAAAUGACAAGUACAGAUUUGCUAACCACAUAGAUACCUCUGUUUCAACCUUAAAUCUCAACAGCCACAAAAAUAGGAAUGCUGGAGAAGAACCAUGCAAAUAUAAAGACUGUGCAAUGUGUUUAAAUUUGUGUUCCAUCAUUAGCCAAAAUGAAAAACAUCACAAAGUUAUGGAAGAACACAAAACUACGGAGUAUGAUAAAAUUAUUGACUCUAAAACAGAAAUCACAUUGAAACAAAUGGAUCCUGGGGAGAAACCAGUCCAACGGAGGAAAUGUGGGAAAUGCCUCAAGACUCACUCAAGCUUCAUUAGGCAUCAGAGAACACAUACUGUGGAGAAACUGUAUAAAUGUACAAAAUGUAGUAAAGUAUUUCUGCAUUUUUUACAACUCAAAGUACAUUAUAAAAUUCAUGCUGGAGAAAAACUCUGCUUAUGUACAGAAUGUGGUAAGUGGUUUCAUCAUACAUCAAACUUUGAAGGAAAUUACAGAAUCCACACUGGAGAGAAACCUUACAAAUGUAGUGAAUGUGACAAAUCCUUUAUUAGUGCCCCAUCUCUGAGAAUAUAUCAUAGAAUACAUACAGGAGAGAAACCUCUUAAAUGUAAUGAAUGUGACAAACCCUUUCCCACAAGUUCUGAUUAUAAAAAUCAUCAGCAAAUACAUACAGGAGACAAACCUUACAAAUGCAGUGAAUGUGACAAAUAUUUUACCACAAAAGGCAGUCUUAGAAUUCAUCAGCGAAUCCAUACUGGAGAGAAACCUUACAGAUGUAGUGAAUGUGACAAAUCUUUUACCACAAAAGGCAGUCUUAGAAAUCAUCAGAGAAUUCAUACAGGAGAGAAACCUUACAAAUGCAGUGAAUGUGACAAAUCUUUUACCAUAAGAGGGAAUCUUAGAUUUCAUCAGAGAAUUCAUACAGGAGAGAAACCUUACAAAUGUAGUGAAUGUGACAAGUCCUUUACCUUGAAAGGGAACCUCAAAAUUCAUCAUAGAAUCCACACAGGCGAGAAACCUUACAAAUGUAGUGAAUGUGACAAGACCUUUACCCAGAAAGGGCAUCUUAGUAAUCAUCAGGUAAUUCAUUCAGGAUGGAAGCCUUGCUAAUACAGUGAACGUGACAUCCUCUUUGCUUGGCUAACACCUUAGGAGACAUCUGAAAACACAUAUCAAUGAGAAACCUUACACACUAUGGUGAGUGCUAGAAAUCCUUUACAUAAAAAGAAAAGCUUACAACUCAAAAGAGAAUAUAUACAUUUGAGAAACUUUAGAAUGCAGCAAAUGAGGAAAAAAAAACUUUCUCUCAGAAUAUGUUGCUGGAUAUUUGAUGGCACUCUGACACCUGUGUUUAGUAAUAUCAAACUUGGAUCAUGGUUGGAGUCCAGAACUAGUUGACAGAAAAUAGCCAGAGUACAUGGAGUUCAAUGGGAGAUAGGGAGACACAGAGUAAAGAACAGGAAGUAACUUGGGAGUUUUUCAGUCUUUUUUAAGAGGGUUGGAGGGACACUCUCUUGCUGGGUCUCUGGUCAAAGAGAAAGGUGAGCUGGUUGCCUCUUGCCCUCUGAACUGGCAGAUUUUUACCCCAGCAUCUAACUUCUGAAAUAAAUAAAACAAUACAGACUUAGUUAAAAACUACAUGUGCUGGCUAUGACAGAGCCAGUGCCAGCAAGGCUGGCAGAAAUCUCACCAGGACUCGGCCUCAACAUGAGAGUGUUGAAUGCAGAGCUGUGGGGCCAUAGUCAGAUCCAACCUCUUACCCGUUAGCAAAACAACAUGAAUACAAUUGGUAAUACAUUCAAAAGAGAAAUCUUAACAAUGUAUCAAAUGUGAUUAAUCCUUUACUCUUUGGUCAAUAUUUACAAUACAUUAUAGAACAGAUUCAAGAGAGAAACCUUACAGUGGUAGUUAUCUUACUUUGGGUUGUAUUGCUCUGAAGAUACACCAUGGCCAUGGCAACUCUUUCAAUUACAGUUGGUUUACAGUGUCAAAAAUUUAGUCCAUUAUCUUCAUGGGAAACAUAGUGACAUGCAGACAGACAUGGUACUAAAUCAGUCCCUGCCUUAAUGGUGAUACACUUCCUCAUAGAGCCACACUCCCUAUUGGCAAAUCCUUCGUGCAUGAAUAUGUAGGGGUUAUACCUAUUCAAACCGCCAUAAUAGUCAGUAUGAGAAACCUUUUAUCUCCAAAGUCAACCUGAGUAUUCACAUGGAAUAACUUACAAAUGUAAGGAAAAGUCCUUACCAGACUCUCAGAUGUAAGAAAACAUCUGAAAAUUCAUAUUAGUAGAAACGUUUCCAAGGGAAAAAUUUGACAUGUGCUUUGGCCAAGCUUUGUUCUUAACUACACUUGAGAUUCCACACCAGAGAAUCAUUUUGAACAUGAAAAACUUGUGAAAGCAUUUAAGUUAUGAUUGAAUCUUUUAAAACAUCAAGAGUUAAUGCAGAUGGAAAAUUUGAAUAUUUUUUUAAAAUGGUGAACAGUUUCCAUUAGACUUUUUAGUUGUUCAACCUCAAACACUUCAUAAUGAAGAGAGAGUAGGGAAACCUGAAGCAUAUGCUGUUGUGAAAUAGUUUCCUGAUUAUUGGAGUGAUCCAUUCUGAAGGGAAGCUGAUUAAAGCAUGAAAUAACCCUCCCAAUAUUUUCAAGAAAUCUCUGAAACUUACAAGAUUCAGUGUUCCUGAAAGUAGGAACUCAGACAAGUCAUGCACUUGCGAAGAGGAUUUUAGCCAUGAAAGUAGCAUGCUCUUUAACUUGUGGGUAUGCCUACAGGUGUGUAGUGUGCUCCAGGUGUGCAUUGUUCAUAAGCUGUGUCACAUGUUGAUUUUGAAUUUCAUGGUAGUCAAUGUUUUUGAGUCCCUUAUGCUUUGGAAAGCAACUGCUUCUCCAUAUUCUUGUACUCAAUUUUAAUAAAGCUCAUUGACAGAAAAAUUUGGACUUGAUACUGCUUUCAGAUUCCAUUUGGACUGAGGACAUGUACAUGUAUUUUGCAUAUUCCCCAGGAAAUGUGUCUCAUUAGACAUGUAUUGAAUCCAUUAAUUGUUCCUCCAAAGUUAUUGUAAACAGGCACUUAAUAAUGGAGUCACAGUUCUCAACCUGUGGACUUUGAGUUCUUUGGGAUUAAAAAACCCUUUUACAGGGGUUGACAUUUCCAAUGGUUUUAGGAACUGAGAUACCAUGGCUGUUGUUUUUAUGUUGGUAUGCCCACAUUAGAGUGCUUGGGACUGAGUUAAAAUCUUGUAACGUUAGGAAAGUUGGAGCCACUAUAUUAGAGAAAAGGCAUCAGAGUCUUCAAAAAGGGGAUUGUUUGUACUCAAUUUUUCCAGGCCUACAUUCAUGGACCUACUAGGUUAAGUUAUCAAGGCUCUUCACAUAUAGAGUGUAGGUGUUUUGAAAGCUCAGAUAGACAACUGCUUUCUUCCUUGCAUUAACAGAGUAAGAGAGAAGUCUACAAAAGACAGAAGAAAGUAGUGGUAUAAAACUCUCAAUGAAAGCAUCAGCCAGCCUGGACUGUGUUGCUGAAUAGUUCUGAAAUCAGGAUACAGGAGAACUCCAAUGACCUUCAGAAAAAUUCUACCCAUGGGCAUAUACUACAACCAUUUUGGGACCUUGUAUCAUGCUAUAACUUAACACCCCACUUUACAAACCCCCAGAAAUGGAGUUUUUAUCACUUUAUAAAAAACCUUUACCCAGUAUUAAUAUGGUAGAGAUCCUAGAAUAUUCAUAUGAAACAAAACUCAAUAUAGUGCUUAGAUAAAGAUGUAUCUUCAACUUAAUUUGAUAUCUAACUGAAUCCAUAGAAAUAUAUAACUGUGAAUCUUUAAUGAGAUAAUAUUUAAAAGGAUCUGAUGUACAGAUGGCUCAUUUAUAGUUUAUAAAUCCCCAAAAGAGUAUGCUGGAAAAUCAAUUUGACAUACAAAGAAGGUAUGAAAAAGUAUCCAGUUGACUCCAAAGCAUUAUAAUAUUGAUACUAAAACCAGAAGGAGUCACAAAUUUUGUACCUUAGACAAAUCUGUGUAUUACAGUUAAUAAGUCCAUAUUAUUACAUUGUUUUUCAUGGAUUUCAGUACAAGAAGAGUGGCAUAUUCAACCUAUGAAAAAUGUUAGAUAAUAUUUUCAUGGCUGGAGAUAUGGCUCAGCUGUUAAAGGAUUGGCUCACAACCAAAAAAUAGGAAUAUUUUUGUGUUCUCAGCAUGGGAGAUUAUUGAAACAGGAGCUCAUGUUUAAUGCAAUAUUGAUUAAAUUCUGGCUGUUGUAUUCAAAUUGUCAUACAUAAUUUGUCAGUUGCUGCCACAUCAUCAUUUUGGACCUGAGACAAUGGAAAGUUAGGUUUUGAACAGAUCCUUAGCCAUCUGGAGACUGCAACCAUCAGAACAGACUUUGGAGGUUUAAAUUUCAGGUGUUCAGUGGGUGGAGAACCCUUGGCUUGAUGACAUUGAAAUCACUAUUGAAAAUCAGUACAGAUUUCCAAUAUCCUGGUAAAUUUUUAAAUGUGUGCACAAUGAAUUGGCAUCUCUCACUGUAUCCCUCACACCUCUGUUAUCUUCAUUCUGUAACUAUUUAUGCACACAGUUCUUGUCCAUGGUGGUAGCAAGCCUGUGACAAGACUUAUAAAAUGGGUCCAGGUAGCCUGACAACUGGAGCUUUGUGGAACAGAGCAUGGUCAGAGAUGAUCAUAUGCAAAGGAGCAGGGCAGGGACAAUCACUAUAUUGUGAUGGCAAAGGAAGCAGAAUCUCUGUGGAAUUGAAACACUCAUAAGCAUUCGUGGAAGAGCGUAGUAAGAGCCAGAUUUCAGGAGCCUGGUAGGCAUUCCUAGAGGGACUUUCACAGGCUAAAUUUUUUUAGGAACAAAACAGGCUUCAGACAGGAUCUUGCCACACCAAGUAACACACCUUCAGUUGCAGGACACCCUAUGGGACAAUGUGGCGAUGUCAUGAGGACAUUGAGCUAAGAGAAUCGUCUAAAAGAGGAUUUGACAAAUCGCUUGUAUCCAGACAUGGUUCUCAUACUACGAGCACUUAUUAAGAUCUUGGAAUUUAUUGUUACAACUUAAGAGUGUGGAAAAGUGGAGUAUAUUUGCCCUGAUAGAAUAUCAGUAUGUACUAUAUUAACAGUUAUAAAAUGCACUAUAGAUUAGGACAAAAUGGGAAUGCUUCUUUUUGGUAAUUCUGAAUGAUCAAUAUUAUUAGAAAAAAAAUGACUCUUACUGUCUUUUGUCUCCCUGGUCCAUCAAAAAGCACUCUACCAUGGUUGAAUGUCUAAAUUGCCUUGGUGGGCUUUGUUUUUGGCUUUGUUUUAUUGAAUAAAUGUUUCAGUCUGUUGCCCUUUCUCUCUGAUAAUUCACAAUGUGGACCAAGUCUGGACCUACAUGGGAUAUGUCUCUCUCUGCACCAAAUCAAUAACUGCUGUCCUCAAAUGCUCUCUUUAAUUACAGAAUUACAACUUUCUCAAAUUUUCAUAUCAUUUUAGAAUUAUUUUGUCAAUUUUGAAUAAAUUGCACAUUUCUCUUGAAGCAAAUUCUUUACAUUUUUAAGGAAGAAAACACUUGCUGAUUGUGUUCCUCUGUUUUAAUGAGAACUUUCUGGGCAUUUUUCGAUUUUCACAUGUCAUACAUGUUUUUUUUUUCUGUAGUUGUUUAUGUGCAUGGUGAACUGUGACUAAGUAUACAUAUUUGCAAGAAUAAACUGUUAUUAGUCAUUUCUUACAGAAUCAAA